AUGGAAGGGGGACAAAAUAGUGUGUCCAGUGGGCAGGUAGCACAAGUUAAACAGGUUUUGGAUGACAUUGAUAUUGACGUAAUGAUAGUAUGGUUGAAUAUUCUUGAAUUGGACAUGUCUGUUCAUACCAAAGAACCUAUUAGGGAUAGUAAAUUGUCAGGACCCGAAUGGGUAAGGGAGAUUAUUUAUGGACAUUCAGAUAGGAUAUAUGAAGCCUUCAGGAUGGAGAGACAUGUUUUUCUGAACCUAUGUGGUUUAAUGAGCGCAAGAGGUUUAUUGAAAGAUAGUCGAUAUAUAAGGGUAGAUGAACAAGUUGGGAUAUUUUUAUAUUUGGUUGGUCACAAAAACUCCAAUAGAGAUUUAUGUGAAAGAUUCCAACGUUCAGGAGCAACAAUAAACAAGUAUUUUAAUAUAGUGUUGAAAGCAGUUAUUGAACUGUCAAAAGAAAUUAUCAAACCAUCUUCCUUUGAUGUUGUCCCAGAGGAGAUUCUUAUGGAUCCUAACCAUAAACGCUACUUCAAGGACUGCGUAGGUGCUAUUGAUGGCACCCACAUUAAUGCUUCCAUCCCUAUAUCGCAGCAAAUCCCAUAUAGAGGUAGGAAAGGAAGUACCACACAGAAUGUGAUGUGUGCUUGUUCGUUUGAUAUGAAAUUUACUUUCGUGUAUGCUGGGUAG